AUGGCGGCGCCCAGGCCGCCGCCCGCCGGGCUGUCCGGCAUCAUGACGCCCGCGCCCAUCCCGGACCUGGAGGCGCUCCGCGCGCUCACGGCGCUCUUCAAGGAGCAGCGGAACCGAGAGACCGCCCCCAGGACCAUCUUCCCGAGAGUCCUGGACAUCCUGAAGCGGGCGGCGCGCGCCGUGGAGCUGGCCUGCGGGGAGCCGCCCCGCGUGGAGCACCUGGCCUCCAGCCUGCAGCUCAUCACCGAGUGCUUCCGCUGCCUGCGCAACGCCUGCAUCGAGUGCUCCGCCAACCAGGACGCCAUCCGGAACUUGGAUACAAUCGGCAUUGCUGUUGACUUGAUUCUUCUUUUUCGGGAACUCCGAGUGGAACAGGAGGCCCUGCUGACAGCUUUCCGCUGUGGCCUGCAGUUCUUAGGCAACAUUGCCUCACGGAAUGAAGAGUCCCAGGCCAUCGUGUGGGUGCAUGCUUUCCCGGAACUCUUCCUGUCUUGCUUAAAUCAUCCAGACAAAAAAAUUGUUGCCUACUGUUCAAUGAUUUUGUUCACAUCCCUUAAUUCUGAAAGAAUGAAAGAACUGGAAGAAAACCUCAAUAUUGCAAUCGAUGUCAUAGAAAUUCACCAAAAGCAGCCUGAAUCAGAAUGGCCGUUCUUGAUUAUUACAGACCAUUUUCUGAAAAGUCCGGAAUUGGUGAGAGCCAUGUAUGCCAAAAUGAGCAAUCAAGAAAGGGUCACCCUCUUGGACGUCCUAAUAGCCAAGCUGGCGAGCGAGGAGCCUCUGACCAAGGAUGAAACGACUGCACUGCUGGGCCACGCCGAGCUCGUGGCCAGCACCUUCGUGGACCAGUGCCGGGUGGUGCUGAAGCUGACUGACGGGCAGCAUGACGACGACGAGGCCCUCGCUACAAUCCGGCUCCUUGACGUCCUGUGUGAGAUGACGGCCAACACUGACCUGCUCGGCUACCUGCAGGGCUACCCCGGCUUGCUGGACAGAGCCGUUGAUCUCUUACGGUUGAUCCACGUAACUGCCAGCGACACCACCAACAUCUUCAGCACCUGUGCCAGCAUCAGAGCGGACGGGGACGUCGCCAACAUGGUUGAGGGCUUUCGGUCUCAUCUCAUCCGUCUGAUAGGAAACAUGUGUUACAAGAACAAAGAUAACCAAGACAAGGUCAACGAGCUGGACGCCAUCCCCCUGAUCCUGGACAGCUGCCGCCCGGACGACAGCAACCCCUUCCUGACGCAGUGGGUGGUGUACGCCAUCCGGAACCUCACCGAGGACCACAGCCAGAACCAGGACCUCAUCGCCAAGAUGGAGGAGCAGGGCCUGGCCGACACGUCCCUGCUGAAGAAGAUGGGGUUCGAGGUGGAGAAGAGGGGUGACAAGCUGGUUCUGAAAGCCACUGGCACCCCCCCGCCGUGA